AUGACCACUGCGCACCGGCCGACUUUUGACCACGCGCGCGGCCGCGACAACGUGCGGUCCACGAUCAAGCACAAGCGGGCAAUGCCGGCGCAUAUGGCGAUGAAGUAUCGGCGGGAGAAACUGCCGCUGGACGACGACUGGGACGGGCCCCCGGAGUACGAGGUGGACAAGAGCGAGGUCCAGCAAUUGCGGAGCGAACUGGAAAAAACGAACGGGGCCAGGAGUGAAGAUGAGAACGAGGAAAACCAGCCGGAAGUAGACGAGCUGGAACGCAGCAAACAGCUGCUACUGGAAACAAAGGACAUAGACACAGAUAGCGAAAGCCAGAGCGAAAGUGGAAGCGAGGAGGAGGAAGAAGAGGAGGAAGACGAAGACGCAGAGCUGCUGCGGGAGCUGGAGAAAAUCAAGCGCGAAAAGGAGGCCCGCCAAGCCAAGCAGAAAGAGGAGGAGCUCGCUCGACGAGCCGCGAGCUCGAACCCGCUGGUGCAGUUCAGCGACGGCGUGCACAAGUCGUGGCGUUCGACGACGUUCAGAAAAAAGGAGAAGACAGGCAAGCAAGCCGGCUACGUCAACGAUAUGCUGCGCAGCGAUUUUCACAAGCGGUUUAUGGACAGGUACGUGAAAUGA